CCCUCCCAUCCCACAGAACCCAAGCGCGCGGCCGUCAAUGGCACUGAGUAGUGCACGUAACCUAUCUCUAACAUGUAGCUAGAAACGCUAACACGGCUCGAAAUUCAACUCAGAUAACAAACUCUGGUCGCACUUGUUUUUUCGUUGAGCCGAAGUGAAAAUGCGUAUCAAAGAUGUUCGUUACAGCUCGUAAUCCAAGCCGAGAACCGUUGAGGGCAGAACUGACCGUGUGAAUUUAACCGCAUUAGCUAGCCAGCUAGCUGGGUUUACCUUUAGCUCCUGUAGUCGAGACGAGCUAAUAUCACCAACGUUCAAAAUAUCGAUGUUCAGCGAGUGUGUUCUCGAUCAUAAAGGCACAUUUGACGGCCGCCUGGAACGUGGCGUCUUCUGGAGAGGACAUUUCAAUCAGAGAAACACGGUGGCCUGAGCCAUGGGGGCGUUUUUAGACAAACCCAAAACAGAGAAGCAUAAUGCCCAUGGAGAGGGGAACGGCCUGCGUUUUGGCCUCAGCAGCAUGCAGGGAUGGAGGGUGGAGAUGGAGGAUGCGCACACUGCAGCUGUAGGUCUGCCACACGGUCUGGACGACUGGUCCUUCUUUGCAGUCUACGACGGUCACGCUGGUUCACGUGUUGCUAACUACUGCUCUAAACACCUGUUGGAACAUAUCGUCGCCGCGGGGUCGGCAGAUGAACUGCGGAAGGCCGGCGCUCCGGCGCCUGAGACUCCAGCCAUAGACGCGGUCAAGAGGGGCAUCCGCGCUGGCUUCUUGAGGAUCGACGAGCACAUGCGCAGUUUCACAGACCUGCGGAACGGCAUGGACCGCAGCGGCUCCACAGCGGUGGCUGUGCUACUCUCUCCGGAACAUCUUUACUUCAUUAAUUGCGGGGACUCUCGUGCCCUUCUCUGCCGCAACGCGCACGUCUGCUUCUCCACACUGGACCAUAAACCCUGCGAUCCACGGGAGAAGGAGCGUAUACAGAAUGCAGGUGGCUCUGUGAUGAUCCAGAGGGUUAACGGAUCGCUGGCUGUAUCCCGAGCACUGGGUGACUAUGACUACAAAUGUGUAGAGGGCAAGGGUCCCACAGAGCAGCUUGUGUCUCCGGAGCCUGAAGUAUUCGAGAUUGCUCGGUCAGAUGCGGAGGAUGAAUUUGUAGUGCUGGCGUGUGAUGGUAUCUGGGAUGUGAUGAGCAACGAGGAGCUUUGUGCCUUUGUGCGAUCGAGGCUGGAGGUGACGGACGACCUGGAGAGAGUGUGCAAUGAGGUUGUGGAUACUUGUCUACACAAGGGAAGUCGAGAUAAUAUGAGUGUUGUAUUAGUCUGUUUGCCAAAUGCACCCCAGGUGUCAGAGGAGGCGGUAAAGAGAGAUGCCGAGUUGGACAAGUACCUUGAAUCGCGUGUGGAAGAGCUCAUAGAGAAAGCAGGGGAAGAAGGUGUGCCUGAGCUGGUGCAUGUCAUGAGCACCCUGUCCCAGGAAAGCAUCCCUAAUCUCCCACCAGGGGGCGGCCUUGCCAGCAAGCACAGUGUUAUUGAAGCAGUGUAUAACCGGUUGAACCCCCAAAGAGAAGAGGAUGGUCCCACCUGUUUCAUUUGAGUGGUGCUGACCUUGAGGACCCGUGGUAGUCGUCCCACCUGAGAGAAGAGCCCCUUUUCUACACAAGACAUCAGUCAUGUUUCUUUUGUUCCAGUGAAACCAAGAGAUUCAACGGACAGUCUUUCAAGAGUCACAACACAAUGGAAACACAGUACAACCAAAAGCAUUACAAACACUUUUUUUCUAAUACAUGAGGGAAAGAAUGGAGUUCCAGUUUUUAAAAAAAAAAAAAAAACUCAAACACAAAAAUAACAAAAUACACAUCAUACAAUAAACUGUUUUUCUCACUUUUUUUGUGGUGGCUGUGGGUGUUAAUUUUGAAACCAAGGAUGUUUUGCGGGAUGGACCCAUGUACGUGCUGUGGUGCCUUUUCCAGUCGGCUGCAAAUUCGAGUGAGGUUUGCUAAUGCCAGAUGCCCCAAGUCCAGGAUACAAUUGAUAAACUUGGCUAUGUGAGACCACUGCAGCCCCUGGUAUGGGGUUAUGGAUCAUCACUGGGUUUAAUUGAGGAUAUAUUUGACUGAUGAAUGUGUGUGGAACAUGUUUUAAAGAAUUGCUUCAUUACUACAUAACCUGCGUGGAAAGGAUUGAAGCUUUUUGACUUUUUGCACCUUCCCUUCCCUCCUCAUGAGCGCUGACUGACCUGUAGGUAGAACCUCGGACUUGACUCUGCUUCGUUUUGCAGGUUAUCAUUUGAUUGCUUUUUAAUCCUGCUGUUUCAGAGAAUAUAGAAUAUAUAGAGGUAAAUAUAUAUAAAUUCAUAUAUAUUUUUUAUUUUUCCCAAGUUUGAUGUCUUUGUCGCUUAUUGUGUGAAGCAAUAGAGUUAUGUUGGUGGCAGCCGAUGAGCGUGCCACAUUGUGUGAAAUUAGACACACUGAGAUUGUUAAUGUACUUGUGUAACCCAGGAACUGUGGGUGAUGUUGGAUAAAAGGGAUUGCAACUGCCCACCAAAGCCACGCAGCUUUUCUCAGCUCCCCCUUUGUAUUAUAUCUCAGUCUUCUGUCCUUAUCAACCCUCACUUUAGAAUGCAGAUGUGAACUUACAGCAACCUGCCUUUUUUCUUCUUUUUUCCUUCAGAGUAUAUUGUAAAGUGGUGUUUUUUUUUGUUUGUUUUUUUUGGUUAGCUGAACAUGAAAAUACUAGCUUUGUGAUGAAUUCACAGAUUAUGUUCUGAUUCAUCAUACAAGUGUAAUGUUGGUUUUGCUCAAAUAUAUUUUCAGCAGUCCAUGGACAACAGUACUCAUUGGCCUCAGAACUUGAAAGGUGAUAUUGAGCAGAACAAUAAAGCUACAGGAAAAAGCAGUCUUGCUCCUUAUGUUUAAUCACAGUGGGAAAGGCCUAAUGGCUGAGACACAACACUUUGAGUUAACAGUAAGCAGUAGUUCCAUGUUCCAAGAGAUUGGCAUGGAAAAGCAACCAACUGCAGGUUUCUUUGUUUUUGUGUGCGCUUUCGAUAGCGCAAUAAUAAACUAGUAUGGAAAGAAAUUAUUUCAAAUAUUGGUGUUCUCAGUGAAAGGUUGUACAUAAAACAAAAAGGGAAAUAUGUUUAGAUGUUGUGAUCUGUAAUUCUGAGUUAUGAUUGAACAAAGAUUAAUAUACAGUGUUGAUCUAUUUAACAUAAUACUAAGUGCCACAAACAAACCUGAGAAUAUUUCAAAGAUUUGAUGUCUUUUACCCCGGAAAACUUUAGCAAAUCUAGUGUUUACUCAUUGUAUCAACUUUGCCAGGCGAUCUUAAAACAAAUGUUGUAUUCGAGCUUAUCAGAUUGAGAAAGUUCUUUUAAGUUUUGUGUAGAAUGGGCAUCAGAUGGUCAGGUAUGUGGCCAUGCCACCUAAGGCUGAGGCUAAGAUAUAUUAUGGCUAAUAACAAGUGCUAUGCUAUCUAGGGUUUCAUGAAAGCCUGUUUUAAAUAUCGCAGAACAAGUUUAUUUGUGUUUUAUUUAGAUCAAGAUGUAAGGUAAAGAUGAAAAAUUUCUGCUGUACCUGUAACAAUGAAUGAAUUGUGUAGUUGAAGAGUGAAGGCCUAUUCACACCAACACGAAUGCGGUCUGAUUUUUGCAUUCAACUUGUCUGUUCGGACCAAUGUGUAAAAAAGUUACAUGAAUAAAAUGUGUAAAAUUCA